CCAGCUUCAUUUUUGAAAAACCACGACUUCUUCUACUCUGUUUCUUCCUCCAAAUCCCCUCUCUCUCUCUCUGUCUCUCUAGAAAUGGUGUCCAAGGUAGUGAAGAGAACCCCAACAAAAUCCCUCAAAAACCGGAAAAACUUCCCCUUCACCCAUCAUCGCCGCUCCCGCAACAAAUCCCCCAUCAAAACCACCGCCGCCGCCACCGUCGCCUCCAUCAACAAAUCCAUCUACACCUGCCACCGCCGCCUCCUCAAAAUCUUCACCAAGCUCACCCGCAUCUCCACACCCGAAAAACCCCCCCGCAAAAAAGGAUACAAAAUCCUCCAAAAGACCCCCUCAAAAAAUCCCCCCAAGCGCUCUCUCUUCGCAAACAAACUCCCCCUCCCUCCGCCAACGGAUCCUCAAAAACGCACCAUCUUCCUCGACCUCGACGAAACCCUAAUCCACUCCACCGCCACCGUGCCGCCAGAGAGGUACGAUUUCGUCGUCCGCCCCGUAAUCGACGGCCAGAAAACCGAAUUCUACGUCCUCAAAAGGCCUUUCGUGGAUGAAUUUCUGGCGUAUUUGAGCGAUCGAUUCGAGAUUGUGAUAUUCACGGCGGGAAUUGAGGAGUAUGCGUCUCUGGUUGUCGAUAAGCUCGAUUGGAGGAAUGCGAUUUCGCACCGAUUGUAUCGCGAUUCGUGCAGAGCUGUGGAUGGGAUGUUCGUGAAGGAUUUGGGGGAAACGGGGAGGGAUCUGAGCAGGGUGGUGAUUGUGGAUGAUAAUCCCAAUUCGUAUCAGUUUCAGCCGGAAAAUGCGAUCCCGAUUAGGCAGUUUGUGGAUGAUGUCGGCGAUGAGGAGCUGAAGAAGAUGAUGGAGUUGUUUGAAGGGUGUGAUUUGGGGGAGGAUUUGAGGGAUUUUGUUAGGGUUUUUGUUGGGGAUGAUGAGAACAAGCUUUGCUAGGGUUUGGAUUCAUUUCUUUGUGUAGUUGAACAAAUCUUGUUCAAUUUCAUGUUUUAAUUUGGAUUUUACAUAUAUUAUUUAUUGAA